AAGAGAGAAAAAAAACGAUAAUCAAAGAAAUUUACCCACCACCACAAUUCAAUUAAAAGAGAGUAAAAUUUAAUUUGAUCAUCAUCAUGGGAAGUAAAAAUUCAAAAAGAGACGGAAGGGACGAUAUCAACAAUAUCGAAACUAAACAUAAUAUUGCUACACAGCCAACUAAUUCCAAUACAACUUCUACAACUACUACUACUUCUAAUACAAAUAACAACACUACUCAACAACAAUGGGAAGAAAUUCUCAAGUUUCCUCUUCCUUCAUUAGGAGACAUGAAGAAAAUUGUUGAAGAAAAAUUACUUACCAAUGAUAUUUACAGUGCCAAAUUAAAACAUAAUAGACCAUUGUUGGAGAAAUUUAGAGAUGCUCUCUGUGUUAAAGAUGAAUUAAUUAAAACUUAUUUGACAACUGACUGGGCAGAAACUAAGAAAUUAACAAUGGAAAUGAUGAGUCAAUGUGAAAGAUCGACUAGUGCACUUCAAAGUACUGUCAGUCAAUCAACAGCUGUUGCUGAUGUCGGCGUGGUGACAAACAAUGAAGUUGAUGACGAAGAUGAAUUGGGAGUCGUUGAACAAGAAGAAAAUCCUGACAUUAUUAAUAUGGGACAAGCUAAAAUCAAGAUUAAGUUUAUUGUUUCGGAGGUUUCUCAUACUGCUUCAAAGAGAGCUAUUAGACGUUUAAUUUCACCAGUUGUCUCUGCCUUUGAUGAUACAUUCCCAGAACUCGGCAUGUUUCACAGCGCCUUACUGAUAGGUCCAUGGAAAUUGGAAUACAACAAUAGUGCAUUGUGUGUGCCAAGAAAAUGUGUCAGUACUGCUUCUCUCAUUACUGCUGAUUUGGGAUCAAUAACACUUGAUGAAAGUUUGGAUGUUCUAGUUUCAAAAUUGGCUGAUGUUAUUAUCAGAUGGAAUACACUCAUGUUUUACAAAGAUCAUGGUGGAACUGGUAAAUUUGGUAAUUGUCAAGAUUUUGUUGAUAGUGUUCUCCAUGCAAUUGGAGUCUCCAAGGAUAAAUUAUAUCAAGGUCCAAUGGCUGAAUUUUUGAAAGAUAUGAGAACGAGAGGCAAAUGUGAUCUUGUUUUCAAAAUGGAUUCUGCUUUUAAAAAGAAAUUUAACAGAGCAGAAUCUGAAAAGGUUUUUAAAACCCAUCUUGAAUUGGAUACAUUUGUUUCAGAGCUUUUCGACAUUGAUCAUCAAUUUGAUAGAAAUCAUCCAUUAGAAUAUAAUUUCCUGAAGAGCUUUGAUAGAUCUUUCUGGUUGAAGCAUUUGAGAUUCCCUGAGGAACAUAAACCAUUACAAAAAGAAGAGACCGAUGACGAAGGUGUUGUCGUUCAGGUUUGCAAUUGUCCAUUCAAGGAUCCAAGAGAGACCUACAGCAUUGUUUUCAACUAGAAUAAAUACCAACAACAACAACUAGAUUUUAACCU